CAAGCAGUGCGUGGUAGGCAUCCGGGCUGGUACCGUCCCUGGCGCGAGAGCUGGGCGGGCAGGCGAAGGGCUGACCUCGCAGCAGCCGUGCGCACAGGGGUCAUCUGACUGCAGGAAGCAGUGUGACCCCGACUACUACCUGGACAGGGACGGCCGCUGCAAGGCCUGUGUGACCUGUUCUGGAGAUGAUCUUGUGGAGAAGGUGCCGUGCUCAGGGAAUUCCUCCCGCGUCUGUGAGUGCCGGCCUGGCAUGUUCUGUGCCACAUCAGCCGUCAACACCUGUGCCCGCUGCAUCCCCCACUCCGUCUGCCCCACAGGGAUGGUCGUCAGGUUCCGGGGUACAGCAGAGAGGGACACCAUCUGUGAGGAACCCUCCCCAGUGACCAGCCCUGACUGCAGCACCAGCCCCGAAGCCAGCCAGGCGCCCGCCAGGAGAAUUGGCAGUGCCAUUUCUGGCUUCUCUCUCGGCAGCAGGCCCCCCCAGGCCAGGCCCCUGGGGACUUCCUCGGCAAGCUCCAAGGCCAGGACCACGCUUCCUGGAGGGGGUGCUUCCCUCACCGUGGAAAAUGAUUCCAAAAUGACCAGGGCCCCCAGCUCUCCCUCUUCGGUGCGGAAGCCCAGUCCCGAUCCGGGGCUGACCUCGCAGCAGCCGUGCGCACAGGGGUCAUCGGACUGUGGGAAGCAGUGUGACCCCGACUACUACCUGGACAAGGACGGCCGCUGCAAGGCCUGUGUGACCUGUUCUGGAGACCUGAUGGAGAAGGCGCCGUGCACGUGGAACUCCUCUCGAGUCUGCGAAUGUCGAUCUGGCAUGUCCUGUGCCACAUCAGCCACCAACUCCUGUGCCCGCUGUAUCCCCCACUCCGUCUGCCCACCAGGGAUGGUCACCAAACCCCAGGGUGCAGCUGAGAGGGAUGCCACAGAUGAGCUCCCUCCCUCCGAGGCCCGCCCUGAGUGCAGCACCAACCCAGAGGACAGCAAGACGCCCACCAGUGCCCCUGCCCCUCUGGUCUCCUCGGCAGACCCCCAGAUCAGUCAGGAGCAUGGAGGGGGCAUCACUCACGCCUGGGGAGACACCCCCAUAUCAACGAGCACACCCAUCUCUUUCUCCUCCACGGCAAAGCCCAUUCUGGUUUCAGGGCCGAUGCUCUUCUGGACGGUCCUGCUGCUGGUGGUGGUCCUGGGCUCCGUGUCCUUCCUCCUGUGCCACCGGAGGGCCUGCAGGAAGUGGAUUCAGCAGAAGCUCCACCUCUGCUACCCUGUCCAGACCUUCCGGCCCAAGCUGGAGCCCGUGGAUUCCAGGCCCUGGAGGAACCCGACACAGCUGAAGAGUAUAUCGGUGGUGGAGUCAGGCAUGGAAGAGCUGAGGUUAAUGAGCCCCCCGCCUGUGGAGACCUCCCCCAAUGGGGCAGCCUGCCUAGAGAGCAUGCGGCUGCUGGAAGCCAGCCCACCUGCCGCCGGGAGCCCCUCGUCCCCCAGGGACCUUCCCGAGCCCCGGGUGAUCUCAGAUCAUACCAACAACAGGAUCGAGAAGAUCUACAUCAUGAAGGCUGACACAGUGAUUGUGGGGACCGUGAGGACUGAGGUGCCUGAGGGCCGGGGCCUGGUGGGGCCGGCGGGUCCUGAGUUCGAGGAGGAUCUGGAAGUGGACCAUGCUCCCCACUUCCCAGAGCAGGAGACAGAGCCUCCUCUGGGCAGCUGCAGGGAUGUCAUGUUCUCAGUAGAAGAGGAAGGAAAGGAGGCCCCCUUGCCCAUGACCGUCUCCGAGAAAUGAAGCCUGGCCUGGGUUGGGGCUGAGAGGGCAGUGGGGUGCCCCCCCGGGAGGCCAGGGUGGCCCUGGUGGCACCAGGCUGGUGGCAGAGGCCCCGUGUGGCCUGGACUGAGGUUCCACAUCCAGGGGUAGAGCAGCCUGGAGCAAGGGGGUUCUGGUGGUCUCUAGUUGCAUCCCCCCCGACCACUGCCCCCCAGCUCAGACCCUCGGGGAGCCUGGGCUUGUGCAGGAGAGACAACCUAGGGGCUGGAUCUGAAUGGCAGUGUUUGUUGGAACAGCGGACAGACAGCAGAGACUGGGCACCUUGUCUCCUGCCAGUGCUGGGAAGAUGCCCCCAGGGCCUUGAGCAUCACACCGCUGGGGCCGGGGCUCACUUGCGGAGGAGGCAUCCCCCUGUGCCUUCUACUCUCACAUGGACCUUGCCGCCAUGCCAGCAGCCCCCAGUUACUGUAACGUGGCCCCCUGUGGGCACUGAGCCAGCGCCUGCCAUGGUCGCUCCUGAGUCAAAAGGGACGUCAAGGGGUGGGGCGUCGUCGGCUGGCCCCAUCUUGGCAACAGCCAGCGCACGGCGCUCUGUGCCCUGUGUCCGGGUGAGUGCCCAGCCUGACCCCCAGCCCUGCCAGGGCUCGAGUGAGACCCUCCUGGUGCUGCCAGCCCUCCCCUAUUCUGUAGCCCUCACGGUGGGCUGGAGGCCUGGGGUCCCUGACUGGUCUCACAAGGUCCCCACCAGUCCCCUCCGUGGGAGGCAUCUUAGGACCCAGAGGUCUGCAGACACUCAGCAGCUGUAGCACCCUGCCCCCACAGGAGACCCUCCCCAGCCAGCUGCCGCCUAGAGAAGGGCCUGCUGAAGGGGAGCCCUGGGCCCUUCCUGGGUCCUUGCCUGCUCCGUGGGCACCUCUGCUCUGUCCCGGGGACAUGCGCCUUCCCCACACCUGCCACGCCCUCGGAGCCCAGUGGCCCCCGCCCUGCCCUCGCGCUCCAGCCCCCAGCACCCAUGGCUGGGAUACAGAUGUCGGAAAGCAACACCAUUUCACCCAGACAUCCUGCCUUAUUCCGGAUUCUCAGAAAAGCAAGUAGUCCAGUCUGGACUUGAGGACUUUUGCAUUUCACGCUAAGGAGUAAAGCUGUCCCGACUUGGGUCUGCGGGCCGGCUCUCCCCAGGGCUUUCAGACUCAUGUAAGCAAACCAGGGGCCUUGGAGAGGGACGUGUGGGCAGAUGACAGGGCUGCCCGCAGCUCAGGCCGUUCAGUCUCGGCUGCCUGGAGGCCCCUGGAAUUACCCACUGGAGGCCAGGCCUAGGAAAGCUGCUAUUUACCCGCCAGCCUGCUCACUCUCUGAAGGAAGUUGGGGCUGGGUCAGGAAUCACAAGGUAGUUUCUGAAAUUACUCAGAUGUUUGGGGGAAAGGUGGAGAGGUUAGGACACCGAGAGGGACUCACACCGGAACCUGAAGAUGUUGCCAUGUGGUGGACAGUAUUUGCCCGGAUGUCUCCUGUGGGGACAGCGUGGGCGCACCACGCCUGCAACUCCGGCUGGAAGGGACCCGAAGACGUCCCACCCUGCUGAGCAGGGCACUGGCAGUCUUGGCUUGAAGAUAUGGACCGCAUGUUGGACGAAAUGAAGCACUCCUUUGCCCAAAGUCCCUUCACAAAACCUCUGAUCCUCUGAAACCUUUGAUCCUCAGAAAAUUUGUAAGGUCGCUUAAAAAUAACCAAUCGUAAGUUUCAGGAAAUGAUCUUUGAGAUUGAGUAUUUGAGAAUGUCUGAGCAGGAAUGGUCUGGGCAAUCUCUCUCCCCCCAGAAUAGCAGGUUCCUCUUCAUCCCCCUACCGAGGCGGCCAGCUUCUAUGCUCUGUGUGCUGUGUCGAAGUGAGUGCCCAGCCUGGCCCCCAGCCCUGCCGGGGCUCGAGUGAGACCCUUCUGGUGCUGCCAGCCCUCCCCUAUUCUGUAGCCCCCAGAGUGGGCCUCGGGUCAACUGACUUGUCUCACAAGGUCCCCACCAGUCCCCUCUGUGGGAAGCAUCUUGGGACCCAGAGGUCUGCAGAUGCUCUGUGCAGGAAGCCAGCUACCUGCUGGGGCAACCAUUCCCACUGCUGGAGGUUUUUCUUUAUCCUCAGAGGCAAACCCUUCCUCCAUGUAAUUCCCACUCCCUGGUCUAAGACUAUCCUCUGAGGAUAUUUAAAAGAAAGCCUCUCUUGCCAUAAGUCUCCCUUUGGGUAUUUGUAGAAAGAGAUCCUGAGCCUCCCUGUGGCCCUCCCUCUGGACGGGGCUGAGCUGCCCCGCAGCUUGGGGAAAGGGAGUUCCAAAGUAGCAGCAUGAAUGCCCAGCUUUGGGGGCAAGGAGAGGACUGAGGGGUAAAUGGAAGCCUUGGACUUGGGGCCUGAGCUGGAAAGGGCCCAGCCUGCAGCCCUGAUCACAACUCAGGGCCAGUGGGGGGCCUGCUCCCCACCUCAGGCAGCUGGCCCGGAGCUCCCCUCUUGACUGUGGCGCACCUGUGGGGUGGACGAAAGAGACAGAGGGCUGUGGUCAGACCUCACCCACCCCAUCCCCAAGACUCCAGCUCAUGCCCAGACCUCACAAUCAAACCCAGCCAUUUACCCAGUGUUUCCCUGCCACGUGGUUGGUCCGAGAGCCAGGGCGAAUUUCCCUGCCCUGACCAGUGAUCAGGGACCAUUUCUUAACCUCUGUCCGUUCUGACGUCCAGGUGGGCAGAGGACUCAGGGUAGCGGACGGCAGGCCGUAAGGGAGCCUCCCACGCAUGAGUGACAUCCAUCUUCCUGAACACUUGUAUUCAGGGAGUGACGGUAAGUGAUGUGUCCUAAGGAAGCUAGGCAGGCUGGUAGGUUGUAAGCUGUUUUCGGUUUAUAGAAUCUCUCAGGCCAGGGCCAUUCCCUGAAAUGGAACAAGAGGCUGAAUCUCCAGGGCCUCUGUGUCCUCUCACUGCUCCCCAGGGCUGAGAUCUUGAAGAGCAGUCACCGGGGACUGGCUUGUUGGGCUAAACAGAAAUGAAAAUCUGUGCAGGGACAAGGCAGCUCUCUCGCUGCAGGUUCUUGGGUGCCUUCUGUCCCACCCACACUCUUGACCCUGUCCUCUAAGAGAGAACAGUGGGGGAGGUAUGGGAUGGGAGGGGCAGGGCCUGAGACGGAGAUGAACUCAGGGCAGAAGGCUUGAGUGGAGGUCACAAUGAAAAUAUUAAAAGUUUCGAGGUCGGCUCUGUGGGCCUCAUGAGGAGCUGGCAGAGCCCACCUGGGGCUCCUGCACCCUCCCACAUAUCCUUUACCCUGGCCCGGCACCCGUGAUGGGCACACACCCCGAGGCCAUGUCCAGGGACUUGCUGUGAGCAAGGUGCAGGCAGAGAGGCCUGCCCACCACUCUCUGGAGCGUAGACACAGAACAGCAGUGAUGUGCAGGUGGGGAUGGCUUCUGAGGUCAGACUUGGGUUCAAAUCCCGGCUCUGCCGCUUACCAGCUGGGCGAUCUUGGUUAUGGGAGGCCCAGGGGGUAACACGGGUCUGGCUGUUUCCUGGUCUGCGAGGUGAGGGUAUCAGCCCCUAUCUGGUAGGGUCGUGGGGUCCUGUUAGAGGCCACCUGGUCCGUGGCUCGUGCUUGCUGCUGGCCACCUGUGUCCUGGGUGCAGCAUGGCCCCACCUGCCAUGAGCGAGUCCUUCCUAGGCUGGCAGAAUUCAGCUCCAGGUAACCUUUGAAAGCGUGUUGUAAUUGGUGGUUGGUCCCAAUAAGCCUGUGUUGGCUCGGGUAAGGUUCACUAGGGCUUUCAGGCUCUCCUGGGACCUGGCCUCCCUUGCCGCCAGAUUGCAGUGGGAAACCCCACAGUGAGUAGACCCCUUCUUGCUCUGUGGGGUGCCCUAGAGAACCUCUGAAGUCAAAGUCCUAGGACUGGGCUGCUUGUUAGAUGUCUGAAACUCGGGGUGUUUGCGAUGUGCUGUGGGUCCCUCUGCAGGGGACGUCCUGCUCAUGGUUCUAGUGCAUUCCAGUGCAUUGCUGCUUAAGAUCUUUCUUGAGUGGCCUCCCUCGCCCCCUUCUUCCCUGUCUCCCAUCCUUUUAAAAACACCUAAGAUGAGCCAGGCCCAAGUCUAGCUGCAGAGGAUAUACUGCACUCAGACAGACUUGCUGGCGUGGGUCCUGUGUCUGGUAGAUGGAGACUGAUGACAGUGCCUAACUGAUCAGUGAACAAGGUGAUUCCAGAAUUCAUCAUGCUGUGUGCUAUGAGAAGCCCCCAUUAGGGGUCUGUGGCAGAGUGUCUGUAGCAGAGGACCAGCUCCAGCCAGGUGGCCGGGGAAGGCUUCUCAGUGGAGAUGUCCCCUGAGCUCAACCUGAGUGACAUGACAAGCUGGGG